CUCUGUGAACAUGGGCUACAAGGACACUAAACCAAGUGGGGAUCUGCGCCAUGCUAGACACUGUCGAUUGGAGGGCAGAGAAUCCGAAAAAGGCAAGAAACAAGCAGCUUCUGCAUUACUGGAUUUGUCAAACACAGAAAAUAUAUUUGAGACACAAGCUGAAGAAUUGCAGCCACAUGUCGACAUACACAGUGGCUGUAUUAAAAAAAUUGCUGCCUUGCGAAUAGAAAACCAGCAGCUAUAUGAAGAGUUAGGGAGACUUCAAACAGAGAAUGCGAUUUUAAAACAGAAUGAAAGUCCACUGAGUUUUGAGGAGCAGAUGACAUCCAGUGAUCAAAGAAUUCAGUUUUAUACAGGUCUACAGUCAAAAGCUCUAUUUGUAUGGCUGCUGUCAUUUUGCUCCCCGGCACUUCCAGCGUGCAAAGUUCUAAGCCCAACAUGUGUAAUGAUGUGUAUAAUAAUGAAACUUAGGUUGAAUCUCCAGCACAAGGACUUGGCGUAUAGGUUCAGUGUGUCUGUGACCACAAUAUCCGACAUUCUUAACCAGGGACUGCCAAAAUUAGCAGAAAAACUUUCAUUUCUGAUUCAGUGGCCUGAUAAAGACAGUCUCAUAAGAAACAUGUCUAAUGUUAUUAAAAUAACCUACCCAAAAUGUGUCAGCAUCAUUGAUUGUUUUGAAGUUUUUAUUCAGAGACCCGGUCAACUUACAGCUAGGGCUCAAACAUGGUCAAAUUAUAAACAUAACAACACCAUUAAAUUUCGUUGGCAAUUUCUUAUGUAUCACAGGCUUUUGGGGGUAGGACAUCGGAUAAAGUUUAUUAUGAAAUUCUUUACAAAUUGCUCACAUUUUGUAAUCAUGCUUUGA